GCAUUGGACAGACAGAGAGUGAAAGAGGGGACCAGAGAGAGGAAGAGAAGGAGAGAGAAGGAGAGGGUGGGGGGUGAGCAAAGAAGAGAAAAGAGGGAGGAGGGAGAGAGGAAGAAUAGAGAAAGAAGAGAGAGGAAAGAGAAAGGGAGAGAAAGUGCUACAGCAGGUAAUUGAUUACUCCUCGAUCAAGGCUAACUUGUUAGCAAUAGUCAAUUGCCCCGUCUCUCCGCCUUCCCUCGCAGUCCGGGAUCGGAGCCCUCGCCUCGGCUCUUCCAACUGCCGCCGCCAGGACCCGGGGCCAGGAGCUGCCGCCGAGCCACCUGACACCUUUAAAUAGCACCGGGGCUGGCGAAACUGGAGCCCCGCUCGGCGCGCCCCAGCUCCGGCCCCGGAUUGCUGGAAGCCCGGGUGGCGGCGGCAGUAGCGGCGCCCGCGUCGGCACUCUCCUCCCGGGGCCCCACGCGACUCUGCCCGCCUCAGCCGCCGAGCUAAUCGCCCCCCUCACCCAGCUUGAGCCCUGCCCGGUGCGGCCUCCUUCACGCCAGCCCGCCCGCUCGCGCCGCCCGGCGCCCCAGCUGCCCCGCGGGCUGGGUCCCCGCAGCCCGAGCCACCCCGGCGUGGCCCCCCGAACGAGGCCGCAAUGACUUCCAAGGAGGAUGGCAAGGCGGCGCCGGGGGAGGAGAGGCGGCGAAGCCCGCUGGACCACCUGCCACCUCCCGCCAACUCCAACAAGCCACUGACGCCGUUCAGCAUCGAGGACAUCCUCAACAAGCCGUCCGUGCGGAGAAGUUACUCGCUGUGCGGGGCGGCGCACCUGCUGGCUGCGGCAGACAAGCACGCGCCGGGCGGCUUGCCCCUAGCGGGCCGCGCGCUGCUCUCACAGACCUCUCCGCUGUGCGCGUUGGAGGAGCUUGCCAGCAAGACCUUUAAGGGGCUGGAGGUCAGCGUCCUGCAGGCAGCGGAAGGCCGUGACGGAAUGACCAUCUUUGGGCAGCGGCAGACCCCAAAGAAGCGGCGAAAGUCACGCACGGCCUUCACCAACCACCAGAUCUACGAGUUGGAAAAGCGUUUCCUGUACCAGAAGUACCUGUCCCCAGCAGACCGCGACCAGAUCGCGCAGCAGCUGGGCCUCACCAACGCGCAGGUCAUCACCUGGUUCCAGAACCGGCGCGCCAAACUCAAGCGGGACCUAGAGGAAAUGAAGGCCGACGUGGAGUCGGCCAAGAAACUGGGUCCCAGCGGACAAAUGGACAUUGUGGCGCUGGCGGAACUCGAGCAGAACUCGGAGGCCGCAAGUGGAGGCGGUGGGGGCUGUGGCAGAGCCAAGUCCAGGCCUGGUUCUCCUGCGCUCCCCCCAGGCGCCCCGCAGGCCCCGGGCGCCGGGCCCUUGCAGCUCUCGCCUGCCUCUCCGCUCACGGACCAGAGGGCUAGCAGCCAAGAUUGUUCAGAGGACGAGGAAGACGAAGAGAUUGACGUGGACGAUUGAGCAACGCCUUGGUGUCUCCUGCUCGGGGGCUCAGAGCAAGCGCUCCGCAGACCCGCCGCUUCCUGAACCGGACAGCACCGCACCGCCGAGGGGAGCUGGGACCUCCUCUCUGCAACUCUCGCCUCCUCCCCUGUCCCUCGCCCGGACUCAGCUCCUGGAGGCCGCCUCUUCCCUCUCCAAGCAAUAAACCCGGGCGGGCCGGCGGGCCGGCCGCCGCACGCGGCCUCCGCCACCCCGAAAGCCCUCACCGUGCUACUCUGUUUGGGUUCUGUACAGAUAUUUAAA